AUGGAGGUUGACUUAAAAAAGUCCUUGGAGUUUGUUUUGUUCUGUCAAUGUCUGUGUGAAAAUGAAUUGAAUAAAUGGGUCCAAACAAAUUAAGGCGUGGCUUUGCAGGGGAAAGGAGUGGAGGUGGGGUUGUUUUACUUCCCACAAUAAUGCAGCUAGCUCAGUACCCAAUGAGAAAUCUUUGGACAUCAUGGAAUGUGAAACACAAGAAACUCUAUAAUAGACUAAUACUCUCUCUCUCUUUCUCUUUCCUUUUCCACUCAUUUUUGUACUUUUUCCUUCUUUCUUUUCUUUUCCCCCUCGUUCUCUUGCAUAAAAGUUGAAAGCAACCAACACUCUGUCUCUUUCCUUGCCAUUCGUUUUCCGCUUUUGUUUUUCUUAUAAAAUUUUCCUUCCAUUUUUCUCUCUUUAAAGUGUCAACUUUUUACAUAUUUUUCUUCUUCUCUAAUUUCUAGCCUACAAAGCCUAAAUAAAGGCAGGCAAACCACUUACCAAGGCCCAUGCUCUUUCAUUUCUCUCCCAGUCUCUCAGCUUGUCGUAGUUUAUUAAACAAUUAUCCGUUGUGUUUAUCUCUUUAUCUAUUUAUUUUUUUUCCCCUUUCAAUAUUUCUUAUAUAACACAUUUACUUGCUUUGUCCUGCUAUUUAGUGGAACUGAACUGUCUGUCAGAAAACUAAUGGUUGGAAAACCAGUGUGAAAGCUCACUCUUGCUUAUCUUUUGCACUGUGCAAUCUACAUGUACUUGUCUAGCAGUUUGGUAAUCCAAUUUUUGUAGCUUUAUAUUAUAUUUUGCAGUUCUUUUCAAGUAUCUUUUCGAGUGGUUUCUCUGCAAUUAGACAGCUUUCAAGUUAAACAAACAAGAUUUGCGCCACUUCCCUGUGCCUGUUUCUUUGGUCUCUCAGCUUUCAAGGUUAAAAGAAAUGAAUCGCAGGAGCGCAGUUUAAUUUUUUUUUUUUUCCCCCUUCCAUUUUGAUCGGUUCGUAUUUUGAUUCUUGGAUUGAGUGAUGAGUUGGAGAAGAAGCAAUAAAUUAACGGGAACAAACGAGAAGGAAAACCAUAAAAAUUUCAAACAAGAAUGAUAUAUGGACAUUGUUUGCUGGUUCUAACAGCUUAAGAGUAAUACUAGUUUCUGAUAGCAAGGAAGAUUUCAUGACAGAAUCAAAGCUUGGAAGGUUUUAUGAUAUGGAGGAUGGAAUAAAAGCAAAGUUAGAGGAUGCUGGUAAUGAGUCAUCUUCGUCAAAGUCAUCCUCGUCAACGACGUUGUUAAAGAGAAGUAGAGCACCCAACAAUGGAACCCAAGUCCCUUCAUGCUUGGUUGAUGGUUGCAUUUCGGACCUAAGCAAAUGCAGAGAUUAUUACCGACGACAUAAAGUAUGUGAGCUCCACUCUAAGACUCCAAAGGUUACUAUUGGGGGUCACGAGCAGAGGUUCUGUCAACAGUGCAGCAGGUUCCAUUCAUUGGAAGAGUUCGAUGAAGGAAAACGAAGCUGCAGGAAACGUCUCGAUGGACACAACCGACGACGAAGGAAGCCUCAGCCCGAAUCUAUGUCCAUUAAUUCAGGGAGAUUUCUCUCCACUUACCAAGGUGCAAGAGUUUUACCCUUCUGUGGUUCACAAAUAUUUUCGAGUCAUGCAAUGAGCUCUGCUCUGGCUGGGGCUCGAGUUGGAGAUGUCAAGAUCGAGAACGAAACAAUGCUUUUCGAUAGCCAUUCUCAGUUAGGUGGAAACAAAAAACAGUCAUUUCCUGAAUUUAUGACUCAGAUUUAUAAAGGAGGAAAGCAAUUAUCAUCCUUGCAAAGCACUAAUUGCAAUCCUACUCUACCUGAAGCUUCUGUCUGCAGCCAACAGCAUCUUAAUGCAAACUCUGCAUUCUGGAAUGCUGGCAACAAUCAGAAAGUGUUCCCCAAUUGGUUAUAUCGAGACAGCUCCGAGUCUGAUUGUGCUCUCUCUCUUCUGUCAUCCACACCAACUGAUAAUACUAAGGAGAUUGGUUUGAGCCAUUUUAUGGGGUCCAAUCCCAUUCCUCAGGCUCAGCCCUUGAUCCCUAGUAUGCACUACAAUGGUUUAGAAAUGGUGGGUGAACCAGCAACUUCUAUUUUGUUUACUGAUGGAAGUGACAGUGCCAACUUCCAUUGCCAAGAGAUGCAUAAGAUUAGGCCUGAUGGAUCAUCUUCAAGUGGGCCUCAUCAGAAACUCUCUUUCUCAUGGGAUUAGUACACGCUGUGUUUGUAAAACUGAGAAAACCAAAAUGUUAUUCUUUUUACGUAUUUUCAGUGUGUUUGUUGCUGUAUUUACAUCAAUACCCUACCUGAAAGAGCAUAGCCGAAGUGGAGUUUCCACAAUACCACUUGUAUGUGAGAAUUCUGUGUCAAUAAUAAUAUCAUAUUUCCUUAAAA